GAGGCGCCGGGGCGCGCCGGCCAUGUUGGGGAGUGCGGCACCGCGGCCCGCGCCACCUCCGCCCCCCGCGGCUUGCCUCCAGCCCGCCCCUCCCGGCCCUCCUCCCCCCGCCCGCCGCUCCGUGCAGCCUGAGAGGAAACAAAGUGCUGCGAGCAGGAGACGGCGGCGGCGCGAACCCUGCUGGGCCUCCAGUCACCCUCGUCUUGCAUUUUCCCGCGUGCGUGUGUGAGUGGGUGUGUGUGUUUUCUUACAAAGGGCAUUUCGCGAUCGAUCGAUUGAUUCGUAGUUCCCCCCGCGCGCGCCUUUGCCCUUUGUGCUGUAAUCGAGCUCCCGCCAUCCCAGGUGCUUCUCCGUUCCUCUAAACGCCAGCGUCUGGACGUGAGCGCAGGUCGCCGGUUUGUGCCUUCGGUCCCCGCUUCGCCCCCUGCCGUCCCCUCCUUGUCACGGUCCCGCUCGCGGCCUCGCCGCCCCGCUGUCUCCGCCGCCCGCCAUGGCGACUGCGACCCCCGUGCCGCCGCGGAUGGGCAGCCGCGCUGGCGGCCCCACCACGCCGCUGAGCCCCACGCGGCUGUCUCGGCUCCAGGAGAAGGAGGAGCUGCGCGAGCUCAAUGACCGGCUGGCGGUGUACAUCGACAAGGUGCGCAGCCUGGAGACGGAGAACAGCGCGCUGCAGCUGCAGGUGACGGAGCGCGAGGAGGUGCGCGGCCGCGAGCUCACCGGCCUCAAGGCGCUCUACGAGACCGAGCUGGCCGACGCGCGACGCGCGCUCGACGACACGGCCCGCGAGCGCGCCAAGCUGCAGAUCGAGCUGGGCAAGUGCAAGGCGGAACACGACCAGCUGCUCCUCAACUAUGCUAAGAAGGAAUCUGAUCUUAAUGGCGCCCAGAUCAAGCUUCGAGAAUAUGAAGCAGCACUGAAUUCGAAAGAUGCAGCUCUUGCUACUGCACUUGGUGACAAAAAAAGUUUAGAGGGAGAUUUGGAGGAUCUGAAGGAUCAGAUUGCCCAGUUGGAAGCCUCCUUAGCUGCAGCCAAAAAACAGUUAGCAGAUGAAACUUUACUUAAAGUAGAUUUGGAGAAUCGUUGUCAGAGCCUUACUGAGGACUUGGAGUUUCGCAAAAACAUGUAUGAAGAGGAGAUUAACGAGACCAGAAGGAAGCAUGAAACACGCUUGGUAGAGGUGGAUUCUGGGCGUCAAAUUGAGUAUGAGUACAAGCUGGCGCAAGCCCUUCAUGAGAUGAGAGAGCAACAUGAUGCCCAAGUGAGGCUGUAUAAGGAGGAGCUGGAGCAGACUUACCAUGCCAAACUUGAGAAUGCCAGACUGUCAUCAGAGAUGAAUACUUCUACUGUCAACAGUGCCAGGGAAGAACUGAUGGAAAGCCGCAUGAGAAUUGAGAGCCUUUCAUCCCAGCUUUCUAAUCUACAGAAAGAGUCUAGAGCAUGUUUGGAAAGGAUUCAAGAAUUAGAGGACUUGCUUGCUAAAGAAAAAGACAACUCUCGUCGCAUGCUGACAGACAAAGAGAGAGAGAUGGCGGAAAUAAGGGAUCAAAUGCAGCAACAGCUGAAUGACUAUGAACAGCUUCUUGAUGUAAAGUUAGCCCUGGACAUGGAAAUCAGUGCUUACAGGAAACUCUUAGAAGGCGAAGAAGAGAGGUUGAAGCUGUCUCCAAGCCCUUCUUCCCGUGUGACAGUAUCCCGAGCAUCCUCAAGUCGUAGUGUACGUACAACUAGAGGAAAGCGGAAGAGGGUUGAUGUGGAAGAAUCAGAGGCGAGUAGUAGUGUUAGCAUCUCUCAUUCUGCCUCAGCCACUGGAAAUGUUUGCAUCGAAGAAAUUGAUGUUGAUGGGAAAUUUAUCCGCUUGAAGAACACUUCUGAACAGGAUCAACCAAUGGGAGGCUGGGAGAUGAUCAGAAAAAUUGGAGACACAUCAGUCAGUUAUAAAUAUACCUCAAGAUAUGUGCUGAAGGCAGGCCAGACUGUUACAAUUUGGGCUGCAAACGCUGGUGUCACAGCCAGCCCCCCAACUGACCUCAUCUGGAAGAACCAGAACUCGUGGGGCACUGGCGAAGAUGUGAAGGUUAUAUUGAAAAAUUCUCAGGGAGAGGAGGUUGCUCAAAGAAGUACAGUCUUUAAAACAACCAUACCUGAAGAAGAGGAGGAGGAGGAAGAAGCAGCUGGAGUGGUUGUUGAGGAAGAACUUUUCCACCAGCAGGGAACCCCAAGAGCAUCCAAUAGAAGCUGUGCAAUUAUGUAAAAUUUUCAACUGUCUUCCUCAAAAUAAAGAAGUAUGGUAAUCCUUACCUGUAUACAGUGCAGAGCCUUCUCAGAAGCACAGAAUAUUUUUAUAUUUCCUUUAUGUGAAUUUUUAAGCUGCAAAUCUGAUGGCCUUAAUUUCCUUUUUGACACUGAAAGUUUUGUAAAAGAAAUCAUGUCCAUACACUUUGUUGCAAGAUGUGAAUUAUUGACACUGAACUUAAUAACUGUGUACUGUUCGGAAGGGGUUCCUCAAAUUUUUUGACUUUUUUUGUAUGUGUGUUUUUUCUUUUUUUUUAAGUUCUUAUGAGGAGGGGAGGGUAAAUAAACCACUGUGCGUCUUGGUGUAAUUUGAAGAUUGCUCCAUCUAGACUAGCAAUCUGCUCUUCAUUAUUCUCUGCUAUAUACAAAACGGUGCUGUGAGGGAGGGGAAAAGCAUUUUUCAAUAUAUUGAACUUUUGUACUGAAUUUUUUUGUAAUAAGCAAUCAAGGUUAUAAUUUUUUUUAAAAUAGAAAUUUUGUAAGAAGGCAAUAUUAACCUAAUCACCAUGUAAGCACUCUGGAUGAUGGAUUCCACAAAACUUGGUUUUAUGGUUAUUUCUUCUCUUAGAUUCUUAAUUCAUGAGGAGGGUGGGGGAGGGAGGUGGAGGGAGGGAAGGGUUUCUCUAUUAAAAUGCAUUCGUUGUGUUUUUUAAGAUAGUGUAACUUGCUUAAAUUUCUUAUGUGACAUUAACAAAUAAAAAAAGCUCUUUUAA